AUGCAAAAGUAUAUUACUACCAGUACGAACGAUUUUGGUGGUGGAGAUUAUCGAAUAGUUGAAAAAGAGUAUGCUGAUAGGAAAGUAAUUUAUCAUAUUCCUAUAGAAUAUGGUGAUGAAUAUGAUUUGAAUGAUGAUGAUGAUGAAACGACAUUCGAACAAUCAGGAGGCUCGUUCCUACAACCACAACCAACACGAGUACAUAAACAACAUCAAACUCAGUUAAGAACCAAGAGACAAACUUACAAUAAUUACGCUGAUGUCGAUCAAAAUCAUUAUUAUGAGGAUGAUGACCCGUAUGACACAUACGAACUUAUCCAAUAUGGUUCACGAUCUGGUCCUAGACGUCAAAUUAUUAAGAAAAAUAUCGUUGUUGAGGAGGACAACGGUUAUGAUGAUAAUCAAAUUGAAUAUGUCGUGGAAGAGAGAUCACGACCUCAAUCCAUCAAACAUGUUCAACGUCCAAUGCGUCGUGUCGCCUCUACUGUCGUCGAUGAUAAACCUCAAUUUUCUCAACGACCGCCACCCAGAACAAUCGUUCAUGAAAAUGUCAAACCCGUUACAAAUCAAGGACAUCGUAUCAAGGCACCUUUCAACAAUCCUCUCCCACCACCUGCUCCUGCUAAGAAUCAUUUAAAUACUCACUCGUACGAAGAAACAAUGCAAAUUAUUCUAGCUAAUCGAGCGAAACGCGGCUCGAAAUUACCAAAACCCAAACGUGAAGUUGAACAAGCAAAGUUUUAUGAUCCGCCACAACCAAGUAAAAAUAUUGUUAGAAAUGGUUUUAUUGUUCAUAAAUAA